AUGACGACACCCAAGGCAAAAGACCCUUUGGACGCCCUCCAGUCACUUGUCAAUGAUGUCCUCGUGCAAACAGGCAAAGCCCUCCGCGCUUCGCGACGAGAUAGCCAAGGCAACCUUCCACCUUCCCACGGAGUCAUGCAGGCCAAGCUGCCAGACACCAUCAGGGCUUUCCAUUCUGCUCUAGACGACCUCGAAAAUGAUAUUAUUCGUGCUAAAUCAGUGCUUCUUCGCGAUCUCAACCAGUUAAAAGCCCAGAACAAUCCCUCCGAUGCAUCACAGGCGGUCGCUCAACCGCAACCAGUGGAGUCGCAGUCCAAGUCUCCCAUGGCAAUUGAGAUAGGCUCAUCGCCACAAGUGGUUCCCAAGGACGAACCAAUUGACAAUGGAAGCCUGGGCAACAAGCCUGGCGGUGCUCCUAUCCCCGAUAUGGGCAUGGGCAUCGGCCUAGACCUUGGUGUGGCAGACUCUACUCAGCCCAACGUCUCUAUCAAGGAUGAAAAUGUAUCCUCUCAGGCACCGGGCGACGGCGAUGUAGUUGGUUCCAUGAAACAGGAAAGCAAAGAGUCAAAUGGCGAAGCACCGAUGGCAGGAAUGGACUUAACACUAGAUGGAAACCAGAGCGGCAUUGGUGGGACGGAUGAUGCCGUCUUGGACCUGACCAAUUCGGACUUGAAUUUUACCGACAUGGAGUUCACAUUGGCACCGGCCAACGACAGCCAGACCCAGUCUGGCGGCGAUGGAAACGCUGCGACAAACAACAACGAGUCGUCAUUUGACCUAUCGUCGUUUAACACCACAGACGGCGCUUCCGGCAACUUGGGCUCCCUGGACAAUAUGCUGCCGACGACCCUGACGGAGCAGCAAGGUUCUGCAACAAAUGCACCUGCAGGACAAGCGACGGAUAGUCAAACAAAUGCAGAGGGAGAAAAGAAGGAACAAUCAGCUGACGCGUCAUUGACGGAUGUGUUUACUGGCGACGGACAGACUGAUGGCAUGGACUUUGAUUUCAGCCUCGGGGACGGGAUGGGUGGCGACACGUUUGACGAUCUUAUGAAUGACCGGGACAAUACGUUUGACACCAUGGAGCAUGGAGACUUUGAUGCCAACUUUUUUGGUCUAGACAAGAUUGACGAGAGCUAG